AUGAGCGCGUGGGCCGAGACCAAGACCGCCGACGGUCGCACGUAUUACUGGAACAAGCAGACCAAAGAGACGACAUGGACCAAACCCGCCGACUUCGACUCCGCCGCAGCGGCAUCUCCUGUUCCUGCCACGCCUACUGGCCCCGCCGGUGGAGCUGCAGACUGGAGCGAGGCCAAGGCUCCUGAUGGACGCCCUUACUAUUACAACAAAGUCACUCGCGAGACCCGAUGGGAGAUGCCGCAAGUCCUGCAGCAGGCACGCCAACAGCAGAACGCCCGCCCAGACUUCGUAGCUGGCGGCGGCGGAUUAGCCCCAGAAUAUGCUUCGCGUCCCCCGCGCAACGAAGACCGGGUUUCCAGGAGACACGACCGCGAUCACGGCCUUCCGCAGAAGCCGAGCUUUGAUGGCCAACGAGGCGCAGGGAUGCCAUGGGACUCGAGACCCGAAGGCGCGGGCUUCCGAGGCCCAAUGCCAGUCAAGACAGACGACCCAGACUAUGGCACCCCCGAAGCCGCUGAAGAGGCCUUCUUCAAGCUCCUCAAGCGCCACAGUAUCUCGCCCGACACAAAAUGGGACGAGGCGAUGGGUCUCGUCGUUCGCGACCGCGAAUACCGUGCUAUCAAACAGCCGAAAGAUCGCAGAGUCGCGUACGAGAAGUAUUGCAAGGAAGUGCGCGAGCAGGAGAAGAUCAAAGAGAAGGAGCGGAAGGAGAAAUUGCGUGAAGAUUUUCGCAAAAUGCUUGCCACGCACGAAGAGAUCACGCAUUACACGCGUUGGAAGACCGCUCGUCCAAUGCUCGAGCAUGAAGCUGUCUUCCGCAAUGCCGGAAACGAGGAUGAGAAGAAGCGCAUAUUCAACGAGUAUGUUCUCGAACUCAAUAAGAGGAACGAGAAAGAGAAGUCGGAGCGUCAGCGCGUCGCCCUCAAUCAGCUCAAUCAGAUGUUGCAAGCUCUGAUCACCAAUGCUGACACCAGCUGGGCUGACGCUGAAGAAAAGAUCAUGCACAGUGCGCGUUUCGUUUCCGAAGACAUCUUCCGGUCGUUGCACAAGCUCGACGUUUUCAACGCCUUCACGCACCACAUGAGGGCCCUGGAGAGGGUCGCAAUUGAGGAGUUGCACAAGCGAAAGGCGCUACGUAGACGUCGCGACCGUAAAGCUCGCGAUAAUUUCAGAGAGCUGCUGAAUGAGAAAUUCAAGGAGGGCAAGAUCAAGGCCAGAACCAAGUGGCAAGACGUUUCCCCCCUUAUCGCCGACGACGAGCGCUACAUUGCGUAUCUUGGAAUUCCAGGAAGUGACCCUCUCGAUCUCUUCUGGGACAUCGAGGACCGGGAAGAGCGCAAGCUUCUGUCGAAACGCAACGAUGCCAUGGACGUAUUGGAGGACGCUCGCUUUGAGCUGAAGCUCGACACACCCUUUGAGGAAUUUGCGAACCUGAUGCGAGACCAUGAGAAGACUUCGUAUCUCCAGGAGGACGAUUUGAAGAUGGUGUACGAGCGAUUGAUUGAGAAGGUGAACCGUCGCAUUCGGCAGGGCAAGCUCGAAGAAGAGCGGCGGAAGAGAGAAGUCGUGGAAGAUUUGCGCGCUGUCAUGAAGAAGGUAGACCCACCAAUUCGCCUGGAAGACAGCUACGAAGAAGUCGCUGCAAAGCUUGCAGGCCAGCGAGACUUUAAGGACGCGGACGAUGAGAUGCGCCGAUCAGCGUACGAGAAGUACAUGCGACGUUUGAAGGAGCGAGAGGAAGACCGCGAUCGACGCCGAGACCGCGACCGCGACCGCGAGCGAGAUUCUCGGAAUGGUUCGCGCCGUGACCGCGACAGAGAUCGCCGGCAUCGUACUCGUACUCCCGAAAUCGACGCCUAUGAGGCAGACAGGAGGAAGGCACAGGAGGCGCGCGAGCGAUCGUUCCGGAGGGCCUCAUUCGGGCUCACUCCACCACCACGCGAUCGUCGUGACAUUAGGCACGAUCGCGGCGAUCGCCAUUCUGAUCGACUGGAGCCAAUGUCCAUCUACGACCGAGAGAGACGUGAGAGGGAGUUGGAGCGUGAACGCAGCUACAUCAGCCGUGCAGACCCACGCGAUAAGGGAAAGAGUCUGGACUACGGAGAUGAUGAUGCGAUCGGCAGCCGCCCCGGAUCCGUUCGAAAGAGAGGGAGCUCCGUGGGCAGCGCAAACAGCCGUCGCGAGAACAAGGUAAGCUCUAUCCGUUGGAAACCUCACGUCAGUACCAUGCUAACAAGUCACAGCGUCCACGCCGUGAUCGACGCACCCGCUCACCGGAGCCCGCUGGUGUUCUCAAAGAGGAGUCGCCGGCAUUGCAGAGCGGAUCGGAGGAAGGCGAGAUCGAGGAGGUGUAG